CUCUCUCUCUCUCUCUCUCUCUCUCUCUCCUUCUUCCCUUGCCACUCCAGUCGUCGCCGAUGAAAUGAUUUCGCCUCCUUACCUCAGUCCCUCAGUUAAUGCCACACUCCCUCUCCGUCAACUCCUCCCUCCGCUUCCUCAUCGCCUCAGCUUUCCGGAGCUUGUUUAAGCCACCGUUAGCUACUUCUCCGGCCGCUGGUCACUAUUGCCGGCGAUAGCUGAAACAGGAAAAGAAUAAAAAAGAGAGCAAGACAGAGAGAAUAGGACUAUAGGAGAGAGAUUAAAAGAAAGUAGCCUCUAACUUCUCUAGUUCUCUUCAGCUCUCAGUUUAUUUCUCUUGUUUCUUUCGGCUGCUUUCUCGAUUCUACCUCUCUGCCGUCGUUUGGUAUCUAGUCUGUGAAGUUUACAAGAAGUUUCCACCUGUGAUCGAUCUGCAGCCCUCCGAUUGCUCCAUUCUCUACCACGAAUCGGCGAUCGAUUAUGUAAGCUAAUUUGAGCUGAAUUAGCUUCGAAAUUGAGCUGAGUAGGGACAAGAAGUGCGUCCCUGAAGCUGAUUGUGAGCAUGUUGGAUCUUAAUCUGAAUGUGGAAUUGGCCGAGUCGACUCACUACUCCGACUCGGCUUCUUUCAUGGAGGAGGACAAGUAUCAGUGCCAUCGCCAGCUUCCGGAGGCAUCGGAGACGUCUAACUCAUCGGUAGUCAACACCGAUGCGUCGAGCAACGAUGACUCGUGCUCCACACGCGCCUACACCGGCGACGCUGCUAACAACAACAACAAACUCAUGAAUGGCACCACCACCAUCGUCUGCCCCUUCAACUUCGAUAUUCUGGAAGUUGGUGGCGGUGGCGGAAAUGAGAAUGACGAAGACGGCAUCGUUGUCACCAAGGACUUCUUCCCCGUUGAGCAAAACUCUGCGGGACAGUACGGGUGCCCCGCACGGGCGAAUUGGAUUGAUCUGACGUUCGAGAGGCAGCAGGAGAUCGCCAGUGGCGGACCGGUGCGGGUGAUUCAGCAAGCCGCACAGCAGCAGGUGAAGAAGAGAAGGAGGGGUCCCAGGUCUCGGAGCUCGCAGUACAGGGGAGUUACCUUCUACAGGCGGACUGGCAGAUGGGAAUCUCACAUCUGGGACUGCGGGAAACAGGUGUAUCUGGGUGGAUUUGACACGGCUCAUGCUGCUGCAAGGGUCUAUGAUCGAGCUGCAAUUAAGUUCAGGGGAGUUGAUGCUGAUAUCAACUUCAGCCUUGGCGAUUAUGAGGAAGACAUGAAUCAGAUGAAGAAUCUGACCAAGGAAGAAUCUGUGCACAUACUGCGCCGGCAAAGCACAGGUUUCUCUCGUGGGAGUUCGAAAUUUCGAGGAGUGACAUUGCACAAAUGUGGCCGGUGGGAAGCUAGAAUGGGACAGUUCCUCGGCAAAAAGUGAGAAUUCGUUAUCCCUGAAUUCACUCUGUGGCUUGUAUGUUUGGAAAUGCUAGAUUGUGCUUAUCAAGUGAGUGCUUCAAUGUGAUGAAAAGAAUUUUAGAAGCGUAGUUGGACAAACAAAUUACUGCUUUAGUUUCUGCUUUGUUUGGGGAAAUUUUCUAAAGAUGUAUCUUUUCAAAGAUGAAAUAAUUGCGCUAUGGUGUUUUCACCUGGGAGAUUACAAUGCUUGCGUGCAGGUAUAUAUAUCUUGGGCUGUUCGACAGCGAGGUAGAAGCUGCAAGGGCUUAUGACAAGGCAGCCAUCAAGUGUAAUGGAAGGGAGGCUGUGACCAACUUCGAGCCUUGUACAUAUGAAGGGGAGAUGCCUUCUUCUGAGGCUAGUUCUGAAGGAACUGGCCACAACCUUGACCUUGACUUGGGAAUAUCCCCUCCUUUUGCCUGUGCUUCCAAGGAAAAUGCGGGCCACCUGCCAUUCCACUCAGGACCUCGAGAUACUCGUGACAAGAGUUCAAAGGUAGAGAACCCAAUGGGCAAAAUGGUUGGUGAUCCACUUUUCAAAGGGCUUGUGAGGACAUCAUCAGAUCACUCAGUACCCUUGAACGGUGCAUAUGCCACUUUCUUCCCUGCCGAGGAAAAAGCCACCACAGAGAAGACGAUAGAACUUCAAUAUCAACAAGCUUCUUCUCAUGGGCUACCCCACAGCUGGGCGUGGCAAAUGCAUGGGCAACAGGUCGCAGCUACUACCCCAAUGGCAUUGUUCUCUACGGCCACUGCAGCAUCAUCAGGAUUCUCAACUUCAGCUACCCUUCUUCGUCAUCCCUCGAAACCUUUCAACCACAACACAGCGGUAGCAGCAGCAGCAGCCCACGGCUUUGAUUUCGAACCAUCUCCAGUGGUCAUGGCUGCCAACGGCUCUACGUUCUUCUACUCGAUGAAGCCUCCCCAGGCUCCCUCCCUAUAAAACCAAACCACACCAGGCUCUUAUUCUUCUUCACUGUGAAGCACCAGUAAGCAAAGAAGAAAAAGGCAAAUGUUCUCCGAGUUGAUGCACUUUCCAGACUAUGCAUUUUAUACUGACAUUCUUCUAGUUGAACUACUGCGACUCUUCCAAUGCUUGGAGCCCAGCCUCUUAUUUGGCUGACCAGGUCCCCUCAGAAGUCAGAAUUAUGGUAUAGCUGUUGGAGUUGAUAUUUGAUAUUUGAAUGUAAACUGAGCAUACAUAAUUGUAGCCAUACAUCAAUUCGCUCUGACUCACUCUAAAUCUUAUUUUGAAGUAAUCGGUGUGGGGCUGGUCUCUUCCUGUUGAAAUGAGAACUUUUGUAACACUUUAGGUGAAUUCCACAUCGAUAAAGUAUGG